AUGGAUACAAGACGAUCUUGUAAAUUAUUGUUGGCAGCUACAGGUAGCGUUGCUGCCUUAAAAAUACCGACUCUAAUAAAAGCGUUAUUAGAAAUACCUGUGGACCAAAUGACUUAUGAUUUUGAGGUGCACUUAGUAGUUACGGAACAUGCGAAGCAUUUCUUCAAAAUGUCGGAUUUGCCUGCACACGUGAAAGUUUAUGAUGACAGUUUGGAGUGGCAAGCUUGGAAGCAAAGAGGUGACCCUGUUUUGCACAUAGAGCUUGGCAAGCUGGCUGACAUUAUGGUGAUAGCACCACUAGAUGCUAAUACUCUGGCUAAGAUGGCGCAAGGUCUCUGUGAUAACUUACUAACCUGCACAACCAGAGCGUGGGACAUGUCCAAACCUUUGAUCUUCUGUCCUGCAAUGAACACAAGGAUGUGGGAGCAUCCCGUCACUGCCCAGCAAAUAAGAUUGCUGAAGGAAUGGGGUCAUAUGGAGAUUCCACCGAUCAGUAAGACUUUGAUGUGUGGCGAUACAGGUAUCGGUGCCAUGGCUGAAGUGGAAACGAUUGUAGAGAAAAUCAAAAGUGUUGCCGAUGAGAAAUUCAAUGUAAAAUUUGAUUAA